AUGACAGCGGCUUCGGUGGUGAAGCUGGCGGAAGACCAGCGCCGCAUCGACGAGCUGUCGAGCGCCACACGCAAGACCAAGAAGUUAUUGGCCGGCGCACUGUCAGGUAUGAUCUCUGCACUGGCCUUCCAACCUCUAGACGUGCUGCGCACGCAUCAACAAGGCGCGUUCACGGCUCAUUCGGAGCCUCCCAAGGUAUCUACAGGAUCCUCGCGCCUUUCUCUUCCGGAGACCAUCAAGGCGUCGCGCCCAGCUGAUGACCCCGUGGCGAGGCUACGCUCUAUGUGGCGAGGCACGUCGUCUACACUCGUUCGAGUGGCAGGCGGCGCUGGUCUCUACUUCGCUACGCUGGAUCACUGCCUCAACAUGUUUCCGCACACUGCAGUCAACACGUUCCUGGCUGGAGCCUUCGCUCGCACUUUUGCAGGCGGCGUCAUGUCUCCUUUCACUAUUGUCAAGGCACGAAUGGAGUUUUUACCGCCGGGUACUUUCGACAGCAACUUGCACGUGUUGCGCCACGUGCUGCACCACGAAGGCGUCUGCGGACUGUACCGUGGCAUGGUGCCUACGCUCAUUCGAGAUGUACCGUUCUCUGGUCUGUAUGUUCUCAUAUACACUCGCUUACGCGAAUCAUGGACCGAGAAGUUCUCGCAUCUGCCCGUGUACAGUGUGCACUUCAGCAGCGGCGUGGUCGCGGGCGUGUUGGCCACGUCUAUCGUCCACCCAGCCGAUGUUGUAAAGACGCGCAUGCAACUGGCCAUAAUGGUAAAUCCCAGUGAAGGCUGCGCGUCUUCGGUGCAAAACUCACUCACACUACGCCAGACAGUGGCCAAGAUCUAUAACCUUGAAGGAUUGCGCGGCUUCGCUAAAGGAAUUUUUCCGCGUGUGGUCAAGCGAACGCUAUCCACCGCAGUCACAUGGACAAUCUACGAGCAAUUAUCACUGAAAUAA